UGAGGGAAAUACAGUUGUUUUGUAACAUUCGUUUUAAUUCAUUCUUGGGGAAUGCUUAAAAUUUUUAAAAAUCAGAAACGAAUUUUUGGUUCAUUAGUUGAGUUUCUUCUAUAAAUAUAUGUUGGAGGAACUUGAGUGUUGAGUUGCAAAAAACUUGGGUCAUUAGUUUUCUUAGUAAACAUGUCGUUCGAUGAUGAUGAGCAAAUAUAUGGCAUUCAAAUUGGCACUGCAGGAUCUGAAAACGAAGUCACGGUAGGAAAUGCGAAAGUGAAAAUCAUCAACGUGCCUGAUGCACAGCCUGAAGAAGGGAAAUUGAAGGUUUUGGUGGAGCUGACGGGAAAAGUCAAGCCUAGAGGAAGGCCCGGACUGGAUCUUGUCCUCGUCUUGGACGUUAGCAAAAGCAUGAACAGGCAAGAUAGGUUGGAGAAGGUGAAGAAAGCAACUGAAUUUCUGAUUAAGAAACUUAGCUCGAAUGAUCGUGUGUCCGUUGUCACUUUCGCUAGAGUUGCCAACAAGUUGUGCGGUCUGCGACAGAUUAAAAAAGAUUCGGAGAGGGAAAUUAUGAGUCUGGUUGAUAGUAUAAAUUCGGCUGAUGGGCAAAACAUAUUAGACGGCCUUGUGAUGGCCUUGAAAGUGCUCGGUGGACGAAAAUUUACAGAAGAUCGUUCGGUUGCGAUUAUUGUAAUGUCUUGUGAUGAGCAGGAUGGGGGGAGAGAUGCUGCCGAGGUCGAGGUAGCGAAUGUCCCCGUUUACACUUUUGGUUUCGGCACAGGCCGCAAGGGCAAUCUCAAAGAGCCGCAUGUGCUUGAUUCAAUAGCAAGAAAGAGUGCAGGAGGAACGUUCUCAGAUGUUCGAAAGGGUGAUGACUUGAGCGUCGCAUUUGCACACUGCUUUGCGCGGCUUCUGACGGUGGCUGUUCAGGAUUUGAAGCUCGUCAUGUCACCGCAAAAUAUGUCAACAGUUGAACAUGUUUAUGCUGGUGGUCAUGAACAGACUAUAGAUGACUAUACAGUAUCUGUUAUGCUAGGCAAUCUCUAUGACAGAGAAACGCGCAAAGUGCUUGUUCAUGUUCGUCAUCCUGUUACUAAGGUAGCUGGCUUGCAAGUUCUCAGAGUUUCUUACAGAUACAGGAAUGAACUAGGGAAUGAACGGAAAUCCCCUCCUCUACAUGCAAGCAAAAAAGAAAUCAAAAAUUUCACACAGGAAGAAAUAGAUGACCUGAGGGAUGAAGUGAGCCAUCUUGAGAGAGAACAUAAAAUGAAUGGAGACAGAACCUUGGCUGACAUUAGUCUGCCUACGGGUCAAGACACUGUUACACCCUCUUCCAAGGUUGCAACUGAAGGCGAUGGAGGAAACCGGAAGCAAGCAUUGCCUACAGGUAAGGUCAUUGUGAAAGAAGGAACUAUUACACCAUCUUUCAAGCUUGCAAACAAAGGUGAUAUGGCAAAGCUUCCCCAUAUUUCCACUCCGCACAUGGAAACACCCCUUGAGCGAGGGGAGACAUUUGAAAAGGAACUUAUGAAUCCAUUGCCCGCAAACACGGUGAAUGUGAAGGAAAAGGCUAUUAAUCCAUCUUUAGCGGUUGCAACCAAAGGUGAUGCGAAAAAACUUCCCUUAUUUUCCACUCCUUAUGUUGAUACAGACAAGAAGCAAAAGCCUUUUAAAAGAGACAACAUUAGCCCAUUGCUUACAGAUAAGGACAAUGCAAAGGAAAAAACUUCUCCACUAUCUUCUCAGGUAACAGAACCAGGAAAAGAACGGAAGGAAAGGGAGCCAUUUCAGAAGGAUGAUAAGACUUUUAAGGGCACACUCAGAGGUUAUAUGGAGAAACUGUUCUUGUUGUUUACUAAGUUGCUCAUGUUUUUUAAUCUGCAUAAUCGCACACACCAGGAGGGUGAGUCACUGGAAGAGGAUCAUACGAGUUCAUUGCCUGAGAAGAAUCUGAACGUAGAAAGUACUCAAUCAUCUUCUAAGGUCGCAACUAGUGGUGUUGCAGAUCAGAAACUGGUCACAGCCAAAGGUUAUAUGGAAAAACUGGUCUUGUUAUUCACUAAGUUGCUCACGUUUGUCAAUCAGCAUUAUCGGACACGCCAGGAGGGACAUUCCUUGGAAAAGGAUCGAUUGAGUUCAUCGCCUAUAAGCGAGGAGAAUGUGAAGAAAACAAAUACUCAACCCGCUUCUAAGGUUGCAACUAGUGGUGAUGCACAGUACAAUCAAGCAGAGUCUUCUGACAAGAAUCACAAAUUAUCGCCUACAGAGGAAAAUGAUUUGAAGGACAGAACUAGUACAACCACUUUCCUGGUCACUGUCAAAGGUUACAUGGAGAAACUGAUUUCGUUAUUCACAAAGUUGCUCAUUUUCCUCAAUCCGCUUAAUCGCACACAUAAGGAGGGAGAGUCAUCGGAGAAGAAUGAUUCAAUUGCUCAGUCCGAAUUACCGACUACAGAUGAAGAUAUUUUGGAGGACAGAGCUUCUUCGACGUUUUCCCCAGUCUCAGUCAGAGGUUAUAUCAAAAAAAUGUUCCUGUUGUUCAUCAAUUUGCUCAUGUUUUUCAAUCUCCAUAAUCACACACAGAAGGAAGACUCACUUGGAAAGGAUCAUACAAGUUCAUUGCCUUCAAAUGAGGAGGAUGUGACCGAUAAAAAUACUCAACCCUCUUCCAAUCUUGCAGCUAGAGGCUACAAAAAAAAGUUGCUCUUACUUUUCACUCCGCGUAUCAACACAAACCAAAGGCAAACAGAGUCAUUUCAGACGGAUGAUACUAAUUCACUGUCUGCAGAUGAGCACCAUAAGAAGGAACGCCAAGAUUUCAUGUCCAGAGUAACCAUGAAAAUCAUGGGAAGCCUCACUAGGAUAAGCAACCGUGUUGGUACUCAGCGUACAAAGAUGUGGACGAGCAUCCAAAAACUUGGAGUGGCCUCUUUCGCCUACUGUUACUCUCCUAUUCUUCUUGUUCAGAAUGCACUAAGAUCUCUGACUUCAGAAUUCAAGACAACUACGAAAGUUGCCCUUGUGAGUGUUGCAGCAGCAGCUGUUCUGUACAUGCUCCGUGUUGGUUUUAGCCAUUCAAAAUUCAGAGUCCAAGCCCCCCUGAACAUCCAGUCUGAAUCCGGAUUUGACAACCCCUCUCGCCUUUCCAGAGUCCCAGCCCCCCUGAACAUCCAGUCUGGAUCCGGAUUUGACAACCCCUUUCCCCUUUCCAGAGUCCCAGCCCCCCUGAACAUCCAGUCUGGAUCCGGAUUUUACAACCCCUUUCGCCUUUUCAGAGUCCUAGCCCCCCUGAACAUCCUGUAUGGAUUCGGAUUUUACAACCCCUUUCGCAUUCUUGACAUUGCCAUCAUAUCCAUAGUAGUCCUCCUUGUUGCCGCACACCAAGUUUACUACCAACCAUUAUUCGAAUUCAUUGAUAACCAUGCUGCAACAACUUUUCCACACAGCGCUUUCAUAAACAAAGAAUACAACAUUUCACUACCAAUAGGAACAAAACCUUUCAAGCUCAAUCUUUUCCGCGUGGUUUGGAGGACAAUAUUCAUGAUCAUGACCACAGUUACAUCAAUGCUGAUACCAUUCUUCAACGAUGCAGUGGUCAUUCUUGGAGCAUUCGGCUUUUGGCCACUCGCGCUUAAUUUUCUAGCCGAAAAGUAUGUGGUUCACAAGAGGAUACCAGAGUGGAGCAGUAGAUGGAUUUAUCUUCAGAUAAUGAGUGUAGCUUGCCUAAUUGUUGCAACCACAGCAAUGGCCAGUUCAUUUGUUGCAGUUGUUACUGAUCUCGAGGUCUACAGGCCAUUUCAGCGCAGUUAAGUAGUCUUUAUGUCGUAACCAGAGACCAAGAAUCUAAGAAGGAACUACAGGAUUAGUACAUUCUUCUUGUUCAUCACAAGAAUAUUAAUCUGUACAACUGGUCUUACUUUGUC